CUUUUUCUCGCCCACAUGGUUACUGUACACCAGCUUCUUGCAUUUAGUCAGUCACACAGGGAAGAUCCUUCCUACACACAUGAAUAUGUACCAGUGAAAAAAAGAUAUCGCGUAACUGCGAUGUUACGUAGAGCCUGUACGUAUAUACGUCACAGGCACAAGCCGGCCAGUGCCAUACGUCACACCGCUACUUUGAGUCACUUGACGCAGUACGUGCAAAGACGAGGAAAGAGAGAUGACGUCAUUAAAAAGGGACGGACGGACGGGCAGCGUUGCGCAACUCACCGGCACAAAAUGAGUGUACUAAUUGUAGCAUACAGAGAAGGGCGAAGAGCUGCAGCACGUCUUUUAUGUGGUCAGACUGUGGCAUGUAACAUCAACAUGUGGCCUGGAUUGUGGAACAGUUCCAGAGCUCUUAGCCAGAAUUUUGAAUCCACACAAAAACCUCUUAAAAAACCCAAGACACCACAAGGGAAAUUUGAUGAAUCAGAAAAGACAACAGCAGAAAAGGACCCACUGGGAAAAUUUCCUGAUGACAUAAAUCCUCUAACUAAAGAAAAAGGCGGACCCAGAGGACCUGAGCCAACUCGCUAUGGGGACUGGGAGAGGAAAGGACGCUGCAUAGACUUUUAGAUUGAUGUACAGGAUUUUUAGUGAAUGUAGUAAAAUCACUGUUCAUAAAUAAUCUUAGGUAUUGUAUUUAUAUCAAUAAAAAAACAUGCACUUUAAAUGGGAAAAUGUGUAAAAUGCAAUUUGUAAUUUAAAGUCAUGUAUUGCAAAUAUAUCAAAUUCAAAAUGAGCAUAUAUUUUUCAGAAUCAUUUUGAUAUGUCAUGUUUGCACUUUUUUCAAUACAAUAUAGGGUGUAAAUAAUUUCAAAAUGUAAAUAAAAUAAUAAAAGAUUUUAUUUACACUUUACACAGUGCCCCAACUUUUUUUAAAAUUUUUUUAAAUUUUUUUUACAUUUUUUUUUUUUUUUAAACAGGUCUGUAUAAACCCUUAAAUUCCCCCAAGAUAAACUUAAUCCAUUGGUCCCAAUCAGAUAGCGAACAGGUAGCGAAUUAUGCUACAAAGAGAAUACACCACAACAAAGUACCUGCGUUUAGUGCCUAUUACAUGCAUUGUAUACUGAACACUGUGGAAAUAUAAUGACCCUUUUAUUAUAGCAGAGCAAGCAGCAUUGCAGUUGCUGCAUAAACAGAAUAGAAAUAAAAGCAGCACUCAUAGAGGAGCAAUUUUCUUCAGUAAUUCAACCUUUGUCAUUUUAAAGGGGAAAAACACAUAUAGGUAAAACAACACAUAAUAAGUAAGAAAUAUUGCUACUUUUAAGUGCAGUCUUCAUUUAUCUUUUCUACUGACUUGCUGAUUCUGAAUUCCUUAGGCAAACUCUAAGCAAUCCAUACUGGAGGCCAGAAGUAAAGGUGUGCCCUUGUGAUAUAUUUGCUGAUGUUGAAGGCUCAAUUACUGAAAGACCUCUUAUCAGGAAAUUCCCAUGUCCCAAGCCUUCCAGAUAAUAAAUCGCAUAACUAGGGAUGGGCGAAUUUUUUCGCCUCGUUUCGCCGAAAAAAUGACGCCCAUAGACUUGUAUGGAGACGUGCGUCAAAAAAAUUAAUUUCGCCGCGCGACAAAUUUUUUUUGACGCCCAUAGACUUUAAUGGGCGUCUGCGACAUUUCGCCGGCUGCGAAUUUUUGGCGAUGCGAAACGGGUCAAAUUCGCCCAUCCCUGCACAUAACUGUACAAGCACCUGACCAGCUGCCAUGGCUGUUUUUUUUUUAUAGGCAUUUAUGUUUUUUAGCCCUGCUAUGUAUAUUUCAUGGAAGAAAUACUUUUUCACAUUGCAGUCCUACAUGUUGUUGAACUAUGUGAUGUUAAAAUCACCUGUCACAUUAAAGACUGAUGAAAUCAUUA